AUGUCUGCUCCUGCUUCUUUCUCUGACAUCGCCAAGGCGGCCAACGAUCUCCUUAACAAGGAUUUCUACCACACCAGUGCUGCCAGCCUUGAGGUCAAGUCCAAGGCUCCCAAUGGCGUCACCUUCAACGUGAAGGGCAAGAACGCCCACGAGGGUCCCAUCGCUGGCUCCCUCGAGGCCAAGUAUGUCGACAAGCCUACUGGCCUCACCCUCACCCAGGCAUGGACCACUGCCAACGCCCUCGACACCAAGCUCGAGCUCGACAACAACAUUGCCAACGGUCUCAAGGCCGAGAUUCUCACCCAGUACCAGCCUUCCAAGCAGUCCAAGGGUGCUAAGGUCAACCUUCACUUCAAGCAGCCCAACCUGCACGCCCGUGCCUUCUUCGACCUCCUGAACGGCCCCUCCGCCAACUUCGACGCUGUUCUUGGCCACGAGGGCUUCCUCGUUGGUGCUGAGGGUGGCUACGACGUCCAGAAGGCUGCCAUCACCAAGUACUCCGCUGCCAUUGGCUACAGCGUUCCCCAGUACACCGCUGCCAUCACCGCUAGCAACAACCUGUCCGUCUUCGCUGCCAGCUACUACCACCGCGUCAACGCUCAGGUUGAGGCUGGUGCUAAGGCCACCUGGGACUCCAAGACCGGUAACUCCGUCGGCCUUGAGGUUGCCAGCAAGUACAGACUCGACCCCUCUUCCUUCGCCAAGGCCAAGAUCAACGACCGUGGUGUCGCCGCUCUGGCUUACAACGUUCUGCUCCGCCCUGGUGUCACCCUUGGCCUCGGUGCUUCCUUCGAUACCCAGAACCUGAACCAGGCUGCCCACAAGGUCGGUGCCAGCUUCACCUUCGAGGCUUAA